CUCACCAUCGCCCUGGGCAUCGUGCACAGUGACACAGGUACAUACGCACACCACAUGCUCACUCCUACAUGGACAUACAUCGCUCUCCUAUGUUGACAUGGCUGCAGAGUGCUCUCGGUGUCUGUCCAUGAUGGCAUGUGAUUGGGCUGCCUUUGUCCUGACGUCGUGUACAUCUCAUUGGUAUGGAUCUUCAUCCCACCUACUGACUGGCCACGACCAUACCCACUUCUGGCUUGUGUGACCUCUGAUGGUGUGUGCAGGCUGUGAUGUGGUUACCUAUGGUCGUGGACGUGUAUGGGAUGGCUGAGACACACAGACUGCCUACUGGUGGUACGCACCGACACACGUGAUGCGUUCCAUCCACCACACCACUUACUGUGUGCCUCUGGUGAUUCAGGUCUACGUGUACAGUGACACUUGGUUGGUUUGUUACUGCCUGCGGGGACUACACCUACCUCAUGUGGUAUGUCAUUCGCACACACACCGUCUGACAUACCCACCACCACUCACCUCUCUCUCUCUCUCUCUCUCUCUGUGUGGGCGUGUGUGUGUGUGGUGGCUCAGGGUGUUUUGGUUCUCGGUUCAGUAGCGUGUUGGGUGACUGACUGGGCAUACCUACACGCCUUCACCGGUACGUCACAUACACCACCACCCUACCCACUCACCUCACCUCUCCAUCCUCACUCACCUUUGCUGUGUGUGGCUGGUGUUUCGUUUGUGUGUGGUGGUGGUGCAGUUUCGUGUUUGACCUUCGAUGGACCGAUUCCUGCUGUCUACACCGUUAUAUACGACACUUUGCCGUUGACCGUUAACGUUGACUCCGCCUUCGGCUCUCGACAAACGUUCACACACGGCAUCGACAUCGACAUACUCACGGUCGACAUCGGACACGCAGCGACUGGAGAUUUGAAUACCUUUCAGAGACAACUCACUUCAAGUUGAUUUCGUUAAUUUGUUUCAUUCUUUGACAAUUGCAUUCACCUGUAAGGAGUUCUCCGCAUCCCUCCC